AUGGCUCUCAAAUCAGCAAAAGCAAUUUGGGAUUACCUAGAGAAGGAAUAUGCUGGAGAUGAAAGAAUACGUAGCAUGCAUGUGCUUAAUCUAAUGAGGGAAUUUGAGUUGCAAAGGAUGAAAGAAUCUAAGAUAGUCAAGGAUUACACAGACAAAUUGUUGAAUAUUGCCAACAAGAUCAGGCUGUUGGGUGGUGAUUUUGCUGAUUCCAGAAUAGUUGAAAAAAAUUUGGUAACGAUGUCGGAGAGGUAUCAAGCAUCUAUAGUCUCAUUGGAGAACAAAAAGGAUCUAUCUAAGAUCACAUUGGCAGAAGUGGUACAUGCCUUGCAAGCCCAAGAACAAUGA